CGCUGGCCGAGCCCCACUGAUGGCGGUCUGUCCGUGGCUGCAGAACCUGGAGUUUACCGCCAGUGUUUCAGUUUGAGUGUUAAAAGUGUUUAGUGCAUAUUUUAAAAGGUAUUUACAGUAUUUAGAAGCGGGUUGCAUACUAGUUACGCUAGCUUUCAUGCUACAUAAAUAAACCGGACAGAGUUGUUCCUCAUCUGGCGACAGAAACCCUGCUGUCCCCGGCCGUCCUGUUGGCUCAGAGCUCCACAGACUCAUGAUUAAUCGAAAUUCCACGCUGGAUCCGUUACGUUUGGGUACAGUAAAGCCUGACCUCGUUUGUGAGCAGACUCGUCGUGCGCGGGCUAAUACCGGGCGUCCGGUUCGGAAGGAGUCGGACUCCCGGGAGAAUCAGGACCGCCGAAAGCUGCAGCUGAGCCGGUGGCAUGCGCCCUGGAGGUCGAGUGAGGCACCCUCACAUCUGGAUACUCAACCAAUGAUCCGCGGCAAUGUGGGACAACAUGUGGAAACGGCGACUACAGAUGACCCACCAAAGAAAGUGGACCAAUCCAUUAACCACACCCCUCCAGAUUCCACAGGAGGUUGUAAGAGUUGGCCAGUUUGUCGUACGCAGGCUGGAAAACGAGCAGAUAUCCUUUCCCUAAGGAAGCAUUUGGGCCACGCCAGGCUUUUGUCAUCAGCAAUUAAGCGGGGCCAGAGCUACUUCCACCUCCUGCAAAAAGAGGAACAGGAUGAGCAGGAGAAGGUGGAGAGGCAGCGGAUGAGCAGGGAGCAGCAGCGGAAAACCAAGCCACGACCUCCCAGUUUCUCCUCUGACUCUGACAGUGAUUCAGAAGGGUGGCCUCUGCCUGCAGGAAGCAGCUGGUCAGGUGUGAGUGAAGCCCGGAAGAAGAGCCACUCAGCAGGACCUUUCACCCCGUUCCAUCACUCCCUGACCUCCCCUCUGCUGAGCCAAGCACCGACGAAGGUCAUCUACCGCCAGCUCUGCUGUCUGAAUUGGCUGCUGGAGGCCUUGACUCUGGAUCGCUCCGGCAGAGUCGGCCCGCUCACCGCCUGCUGGGACCCCAAAGACCCCGGCCGAGGCAGGACCACGAUUAAGACGCUGAAAAAAGAAAGAGCUAUUGAAAACAAAUGGGAGCAGUUUGUUUCAACAAAGCCUCGGAGAGCUCAUCCCAGGCGCCCUCGGAGCUCCUCUGCUCGCCUCCACACCCACAGGAAGUCUCCCUUCAUGGGUGGGGCCUCCCUCUCUGCACUCACCCCCACCCCUGUGGGCAGCAGUGUGUCCUCUCUGGUCCCCGGUGCUGAGGAAGACACAGAGUCUCCAGGAGCACCUAGGGAGACCGACCGGCCUCCCUCAGAGUGUCUUCGCACGCUGUCAGGUGACCAGAAAGUCAAGAAAGACAGCCAAAGCUCACAAACCAGCAGCUGUCCUGCCAAGCCCCCGUUGGCCAUCAGCCAUCUCAUCAACAACAAGGCCAGCAUGCUACGGGAGCUGAAAAGUGCCUUUGACCAAAGGGUUAACAAGAUGUCUCAGAGCUACGUCGACAUCCUGGAGCUCAAAGCCAGGGAGAGGUUAAAUAGUGGUCUCCAAAGGUACCGAGCCCUGUGUCACGUGACCGAAUACCAUGGCCUUCCUCAUCAUGUGACCUGUGUGUCUCAAGAGACAGAGGCUCCAAACAAGAACAAUACAAACAAGCACAGCAACAAUAUGUGGUUGUCCACUCUGCUGAGCGGCCUGCCUGAGAAGGUGUGCAGGGAGCAUGCGGUGACCCGGGUGCUGGAGAAGCUUAGUGGCUUUGCAGAGCAGCAGACCCUCAAGGUUCAGCCUCAGAUUCUCCUGAAGGUGCUGGGGGGUCUGGAGCCAUGGGAGCUCUGUCUGCCUGAGCUGUGUGUGGCCAUCCAGAUUGCCACGGAGCAUGUGGUCCAGAUGCCCAGGGAGGAGUACAAUGCUUGGCUGUGUUCAAGGGUCACCCUGCCCCCACAGUACCACCGUGCCCCUCAAACACCAGGUGAACCACACUCUUUUAAGACCUGGACGAAGGCUACAGGCAUGGACAAAUAAAUGAAUGGAACAAAAGCACACCAGGGUUGUAAAUGAAAUGUGAGGCUGUAAGCCUGAAAUUGCCUAAAAUAAGCAUUUAGUGUAAGGGCAAAGGUUGAUUAAAGUGAUUAAAAUAGGAGUAGUUAUUUUACCUUCCACCUGAUCCCUGUUCACUUGAAAGUAAUAAUGUUGUGCACCACACAGCCAGCAGCAGAAUCAACUUCAGACACAUCACAAUAGGUAACAAAUAAAAAAAGUUAGAAGACAUAAUUGUAAUUUUUUCAUAGUUCAAAAAAUUGGCCAAAGAAAAGGAAGGAUUAGACUAAUGGUACAGCUUUUAUACCCUAAUAAGCUCGUGGUCGUGCAUGUGUACAGGAUAAAUAAUACAGGCACACACAAUAAGGGGGGAAGCGGGAAGUAGCCUUUCAAUCUAUUGUCAAGGAUUACAAAAAGAGCAACUAAAUACCUUCCUUUCUAACAUAUUUCCCUGUAAGGCUACAGUGGUAACUCACAAGAUCACGUCACAUUUUGGUAAAAUCAUUGGUUCUUUAGUGCUAUGUGGUAACUGUUUGUUUAUUUCUUUCAAUUAAAUUUGCCAGUACUCUCUUUAAUUGCAUCUUGCUGGGAUAAAGUUUUUCUGUAUGUGGUACUUUUCAUUGCUUGUUUUGUUAUGGCAGCCAUUGCCAUAGCCAACUACCCAGUUCUUCUGUUAUUCAUUCAAUCUAAACAGACCAAAUUUUGCCAAAUGUGAAAACCCAUCCCUUCCUGUUUGCAGGAACAUUUUUCCUGGAAAGACAUACUUGACUCAGUGUUUAGACCAGCAAAUGUGCUUUAAACAUGUCUUCAGAAUGGGCCAGUGUGAAUCACUACCACACACAGUACAUUGUUUUUUGUCUGUAGAGAGCCAUUAAACAGACAUUUACAUGAAAGUAUUAAAGGCUACUAUUUGAAAUAUGUCUGUUGAUCCCAGUUGACAUAAACAAUCCAAUUGGGUAAUGGAUGAACAAUCCUAUUUACCGACACUCAGUUGUGUUGUUGAACCCAGCCAAACAUUCAGUGACCUUUAACUCUGCCUCGUCUCCAGAUGGGUUUGUGAAUAAAAGAGGCUGACCUUCAACUCUGCCUGUUAGAUAA